AUGGGAAUUAGAACAACAAACUGCCAUGUCCAAGACAUGAAUAUGUGCUUUCAGGCAGCUCCAACCUUCAUUGAGUGGCUCAAGCCAACGCAUGAAUCCUCAUCUUCAUCUUCAUCUUCUUCAUCCACCAUAAGUAGUACUCAACAAGAAUUCCUUGAUCAAUUCACAAAUCCCAUGAGUUUCUUGAAACUUCCUCUCUUUUAUCAACAACAAGAAGAAGAGCUAGCAGUUCAUGAAUCCAUCCAAUGCUUGCCUCUUCUUAGCCAGUUCACCGACACCAAAAAACCAUUGAAAGAGGAAUUAGAUGAGGAUGGAAUAGGGCAAGAAGAGAGUAUAUUUGGAAUCAAGGGAUCAGAUAAGGUUGAGAAAGUAACAGUUGCCCUUCACAUAGGAUUGCCUGAUUCAGGUAGUGCUUCUUCUGACAGUGAGACAAAGCCCUACAACUUGAAGGAAAAACCUGUGGAUAAUUAUCAGAAGAGUCCUAGUACUGACGGUUGUACUUUCAACAAUGAGAGUAGAUUUUGGAUCCCAACACCAGCACAGAUCCUUGUUGGACCAAUGCAAUUUGCUUGUAACAUAUGCAACAAGACCUUCAAUAGGUACAAUAAUAUGCAGAUGCACAUGUGGGGUCAUGGUUCUGAAUUUAGAAAAGGUCCAGAGUCCCUAAGAGGGGCACAACCAGCAGCGAUGCUUAGGCUUCCUUGCUAUUGCUGUGCACAAGGCUGCAAAAACAACAUCAAUCAUCCUCGAGCAAAGCCAUUGAAAGACUUCAGAACCCUUCAAACUCACUACAAGAGAAAGCAUGGAGCAAAGCCAUUCAACUGUAGAAAAUGUGGCAAAAGUUUUGCAGUCAAAGGAGAUUGGAGGACACAUGAGAAGAAUUGUGGGAAAUUAUGGUAUUGCACCUGUGGCUCUGAUUUUAAACACAAAAGAUCAUUAAAGGAUCAUAUAAGAUCCUUCGGAAACGGUCAUUCUCCACACCCUUCUCUUGAAGGCUUUGAAGAUGAAAAGGAAUGCAUCACUGGUGGCUCUGAAGAUGAAAAUGCUCAGUAUUAACCAUACCAUGAAGGCUUUUUUUUUUUUUGAAAAAAAAAAUCGUUUUUCCACAUUUCGAAAUUCUGAAGAAGAAGAAGGGAAAAAAAAAAAGAUGAAAGUCGGGGACCCUCUAUAUAGUAUUUCUUUGAGGGUUUUCUCUCUUCACUCUCUCCCAACAGGCAUUUGCUCAAUAACAAAAAAUUCUCGAUUGACUGCCAUUGGAGGAAGCAUAUAGGGGGCGGUUUGUUAUGGAGCACUUGACCAAUUUCUAUGGGGUGAGUAGUGUUUAUGAAUGUUUUUAUGCACGGUUUGAUAUCCGGGUUUGCAUAAUAAGGUGAUUGCUUUGAAGUGGUGAAGCAGAUGAAUUUUCUUCUUUUGUUCACGAUGAUCAAGGUACAGUAGUAAUUGAGGGAUGGAGGAAAUUUGUCAGCUUCAUUGCUAAUUUGUAAUCCCAUCAUGUGAAUUUUUAUCAUUUUCUUUCAAGACAUUUGGACUGUUGUUGGUGAUUGCCUUGAAGUGGUGAAGCAGAUGAAUUUUCUCUUCUUUUGUAUUUGAUGAUCAAGAUUCUGUACUAGUGAGGCAUGGAGAAAAUUUGUCAGCUUCAUUGCUAAAUUGUAAUCCCAAUGCUUUUCCAUCGUUCUAUUAUGCAUGUAAGCCAUUGUGGGUACUGUUCUUGAUGGAAAGCUACCAGCUUCAUGGCUACCUUGUAAUUUUCAA